CAGGGGGCACCCACCCACAGAAGCCAGGGUGCUCUCAGAGACAGGGUGCUCUCAGGGGCCGAGUUGCCAUGCCUCCCCAGAGGCCUGUUGGUCUCCAUAGAGAUGGUCCAGGACCAGGCUGGUAGAAGUUCUGAGAUGGGGGGAUGGGGCAGAAGAAUACUUUGCUAAGAGCCCACCAACAGUCAAUUCUGGCUGCCUCUGCGUUAAAACCUAACCAUGAUGCCCGGGUCCGGGGCCCUUCGGUCUCAUCUGAAAAGGGAACGGCUGCCAGCCUGCUGGGACUCCUUUCUGGAGUGCCUCUGGCCCACCAAGGUGCCUUUGGGAGAGGAGAUGGGGUGUUGAUACAAGGCCGACCUCGGGCUCGGAGUGCAGGGAACGCCAGAAGGAAAGACUUGUCCAUCAAAAGCAAGAAGGGCAAUGUGCCUUCGGAGGUGGAAGACCUCACCCUGCCACCUCCGCGGAAGCCUUCCUUCCCGUUCCAGUGGGCCUGGGAGAGCUUCUUGGUGGAUGGCCGGGGCCUGCCCCUGCCCUCCCCCAACUCUUCCGAUGACAUCCUGCUGCCCAGGAAGGCCCAAGCCUCAGCCCUGCCGCCUGCCAGGGCCCUCCGGAAGUCCCGAUGGAAGGCUGUGCCUCCGCCUACCCAGCCGGCCAACUUCCCACUCUACUGGAACAUGGAGGCCCGAUGUCAGGACAUAAAAAGGCAGCUGAAAACCAGGGUUCAACCUGAGCCAGACGACAGCCAGGAUUAUCAGGAAGGCCAGGAACAAGAAGGACAAGACCAAGAUGGUGGGGAGGAGGAGGAGCCAGAGGGCAGAAGGGAUCUCAGCCUCUGGCCCUCUCUUCUGUCUCCUGAGAACAGGAGCAAAGAAGAGGAGAGAGACCAGCUGAGGAAAUGGAAUGCCCUCCUUCUGGCUGGUUUCGCCCUCCUUAGAGGAUUUCAGAGGAAGCCGGCAAAGUUGAAGGAGGAAGAGCUCUUGGACAUGGCGAUCCUGCAGAAAUAUCUGCAGGAGGAGGGGCCCUACUACUCCCAGUGGCCAAUGCAGGAUAUCAUGCACUCUCGAGGCCACAAGUUCCAGGCCUGGGAGGAUGUUAAGCCCUUCCUGCUGACCAGUGGUACCACCAGAACCUUUGAAAAGCGACGAGAGGCCACCAGGACCUUGAUGCUGGACUGGGAGCGACGCAAGCGAGAGGAGCAGGCCAGGGAAGAACAGCGCCGAGCUCAGGAGCAUCGGGUCCAGAAGCAGGUGGCUCGGUGCCUGGCAGCCUAUGGGCCUUCCAGGUCCAGGGGGUCUGGGGCAUCCCAUCGCAAGCUUGAUGAGCUCAGGCGGCAGGAGAAGCAGCGGUUGGCAGAGUACCAGGCCGAGCUUCAGGGCAUCCAUCACCGGGUGCAGAGCCGCCCAUUCCUCUUCCAGCAGGCCAUGCAAGAAGGUGGGGUACAGGAACUGGAGAGGGGAAUGGAAGAAGUCACCCUUUGGGAGGCAGAUGCAAAGGCCAAUGCCCGGCUCUCAGUGAAUAGACGCUUUUCCCAGAUGCUGUCGGCCCUAGGUUUGGACGAGGAACAGGUAUUGGCUGAAGCAUUGAAGGCCGAGAUUGAGAAAAAACCCUCAAAAUACAGGUCCUCAAAGACCGGGAAGCUGGCCAAGAUCCAACUGGAGCAGCUUUUGUGGGGCACGGAGUGAACAGAGCUGGAAGCUGUCUGAAGUCAGCAAGCCAAGUAGAGAACAUUACCCGGGGCCCAGGACUGAAUGGGAAAGGAAGAGAAAAAGAAAAUGAAAUUAUCAUAUUAAAGCCCAGCGUCUGCUUUCCUGCCUGGCCAGAGCCCUUGGGAGCCUGGGGUCUGUCUGGGGAAGUGAGACAGAUGACUGAUGGUAACCAGGGACGCUGCAUGCAGACGGAAGCAUGGGGUCUGUGUCAGAGCCAGAGGGGAAUAUAUCCUCAGCCCUCUGGCCUGGACCAGGCAUACACCCUCCCCAGCCCCCAGCCCUGGGGAAUCCAGAAUUCCCUCCCCACGAAUGACCUUUUUAACACCAACAUUUAAAUUCCUUAAGACCCCAGACUUACAACAGCCACAGAGACCUCUCAGUCUUUAUCCCCUUUAGGGGAGGAGAUGGUCCUCUUUGGCUGAGGGAC